GGUGACCAUCACCUUCCUUGAUCGUAUGGCUGCUCUACGCAUUCUUGAUCCUCCUCCAAUAACCUAUUUGCCGAGGGCGUCAUUGCCUGCGGCUACGCAUCCUGAAGUUGAUGCGGUGCUCAAACGAUUGAAAAUAUGUACACGACGAUUGCACGCUGCUCUCGCAACCCACAGGCUGGAAUUGCAGAUCAUUGACAGACUCUACUACAAGAACAAUAACCAGCACCACACAGCUUUGUUCUGGCGGAAAACAGCCGAGAUGAGGCGAUUUGGCCACCGUCUAGUUGGAAUGGCUGUAGGCGAUUUGACUGAACGUUUCAGACUGUCCUUCUGGGGCGACAGUACUUUGCAUACUCCCAAACUUCUCAGAGGCUCGUGGACCCAUCUACCCGACGUAGAGUCAGUCAUAUUCACGAUAAGGCGAUUGUCAGAUUGCCGCGAGUUAGUUAAGAAGGCACAGGAACGCCUUAUUGGAGCAUAUCAUUCAUUCGUUCUCAUGAUGCAUACGGGGGCAUUCUUGUACCUAAUAGUGGUUCUGGUAGCAAUCGCCUCGCGGUUGAAAUAUGUUCUCGAAGAGGUUCAGUCUACCCUUGAGCUUUACCAGGUUGCUUGUCACAAAGUACUGGCGCUCUUAGAUCCCGAGCAAGCAUGCCGACUGAAACCCUUGUUAAAGAGCUCGGAUGCCAUGCCUGCUCCUGAGGUGUCUGUGACGGAAGAGAACAUGCCUGUGCAACCUGCUCCUGCUAGUGCGCAUGAAGACGCGGCCGACGAGGAUAUAGGAUAUGCCCUUCAUGACUCUGAACGGACCUCGACCGAAGCAACUCUGGCGCUUACAACACAAGAUGAUGUUCAGAUGUCGUUCAACCUCGAAGAGGCCCAGGGCGCUUCAACGGCAGAAACGACUUCAGUCAUCACACGCAGUACGAUCGUGAGUACCAUACGAACGUCCGCGUCGCAAACGACAGUUCCUUCUCGUGCUCAAAGAGCGGAUGUUUCGAAGCGGAAGGGCAACGAUGAGCCAUUGACGUCGAAGGCCAGCAAGAAGAAGAGGAAGAAAAAGGACGAGAUCGACGAUAUCUUUGGAUUUUAGCAAGGCAAGGUGAAGCCACGGCCCCAUCAAAAUGUGCAUGUGUUUCUCCGCAUUCUUUCUAUAACCUUUCCUGGUGCUUCGUGGCCGACGUACUGCACGGGUACCUUCAUAAAACCAUUGAAGGUAAAAUUUGGAAUCCAGGUCCGGCUGAGCGCCCUGUGGCCCGAUCCACGCUGCACAUCGAGCACGCUCUGUUGGUAGAUGACGGGUCGAAACGUAACAUCAUGUGGUGCCUUAAUGCGAUUCACGC